AUGCUCAACAGGAAUGCACGUCAGUGCAAAGACCGUUGGGAGGGAUACCUUGACACCAAGAUCAACCGCGAAGAAUUCAGCACCGAAGAGAACUACUUCAUCCUCAAGAAGGUCGAGGAAGUUGGCAAGAAGUGGAAAGUCAUUUCCAGCAUGAUGAAGCGUCGUACUGAUGUUGCAGUUAAAGCACAAUAUCGCAAGCUUGUUCGCCGCAACAUCACUACCGACAACGUUUUCUUUGUCAACACCGAGUCCUACCAGAUGAAGCAGCGCUCCCCGUCCUGCGAGCACAGCGAUGUCGAACCGCAGUGCGCGCGUGCUGAAGGGGCUCUACUCGAACACUCGUCACCGGUCCAACGCGGACAGGUUCUCGACAACUUUGCCGAGAGCUCCUACCACGGUUUUCCAGGAAAUUCAUUUCCUAACUCUUCUACAGCAGACUCAAACUUUGAGUCACUGUUCAGUGUCGAAGACGAACUCUUCGACAACUUUGAACAAGAAAUCUUUAGCUGGUUCUAA